AUGAGGGCCGAGGGACAGACUCACUACAUAGACUCACACCAUAAGACGUCGCCGAAUGGCAAUAUUGAGAGUCAAAAGUUUCCAACCGGAUACAUGGAGAAUGAUAAGUGGGAAACGCAAAUGGGACUAAAAUUUUCCGGUUCCAUGCGUUCGAAUGUUAUUCCAAAUUAUAGGCCACCUCAGAUACCAAGUUCAAUUCAAGCUUUAGCAAUUCGCUCAAGCAGUUCAAUCCAUCACGAGGACUCACUAAAGUGGCUCUCAUCAGAACGAAGUUUAAGACAGAGUCCGAUCGAUUAUGAUCGGAAUCAACAAAUGAAACUUUCAAGCCAUCACCAAAUGUCGUAUCACAAUAUGUUUACACCAUCGCAAGAGCCUGGAACUCUCUGGAGGUGUCGUUCAUGUGGUAAAGAAGUUACAAAUCGAUGGCAUCACUUUCACUCUCACACUGCGCAAAGAUCAAUGUGUCCAUAUUGUCCCGCAACUUACUCUCGUAUCGACACUCUGCGAUCGCAUCUAAAGCAGAAACAUAAAAAUGAGCAUGCACAUAAAAACUUUUAAGAAAAUAUCGU